AAGGCUAAUCACAUGGUGUGGGAGGGGAGUGAAUGGAAUCUCAUGGAGUGACUUGCGGUUUUCAAGAUCUCCUGGAAAGCAGUGGCAAAAUAUUGAGGCUGUUACCCCUUUUCUGAUGGAGAAGAGAAUUUAUUUAGUUACCAGAAAGCUGACUCUGAAUUUUAAUCUAGCCAAGUUUCUUUGUCUAGAAGACCACCUAGAUCAGAUGUGUCAUCUCUGAGAGUCUUCCUUUUGGAAGAAGACAACUAGGAAGGCUUGAUGGUAGAAAGAAGGAGGAAUACAAAGGAGAGAAAAUAUGAAGAUUAUGAAACUAAGCAGAAAUUAAAACUGAGAGCUGGGAUGACAAGUCAUAGAAAAUAAAAACCAAAAGGAGAGAAAGAGAGACGGGAACACUGAUAUUUUUCUUUCAUCAUCAUCAUCUUCUUCUUUCUUUCUUAUCUUCCCUGAGGAAAAUCUCUCUCCUUAAAUCCUCCAGGCCAAACGAUCAGACAUGCUUCAGAUGAUGGGAAGAAAGCCUGGGGUCUCUGGUGCAUGAAUGAUCCUGGAGAAGUGGUCGAGCCUGAUGGGAACUCUGGUAGUGACAGCCUUGAUCCUGGUGUGUAUCAUUCAGAUUCCGAGGGCAAGAUGUGAGGAGAACUGUGUCAGUCCUGAACAUUGUCUGACUACAGAUUGGGUACACCUCUGGUAUAUAUGGUUGCUGGUGGUAAUUGGCGCGCUACUUCUACUAUGUGGCCUGGUUUCUGUCUGCUUCCGCUGCUGCUGUCUGAGUCGCCAACAAAAUGAGGAAAAUGAGGGUCAGCCACCCUAUGAGGUGACAGUGAUCUCUUUUGAUCAUGACAGCACUCUCCAGGGCACCAUCACCUCUCUGCAGUCUGUGUUUGGCCCUGCAGCUCGAAGAAUCCUGGCAGUGGCUCAUUCCCACAGCUCCCUGGGCCAGUUGCCCUCCUCAUUGGACACACUCCCAGGCUACGAAGAAGCUCUGCACAUGAGUCGAUUCACCGUUGCCAGAUGUGGACAGAAAGCACCUGAUCUACCCCCAGUGCCAGAAGAAAAGCAGCUGCCUCCAAUGGAGAAGGAGUCUCCUAGAAUGGAACAUUCCUCACGUUGAUGAGGGCUCUGCCUUUAUAAUUGGAGUAGGAAUCUCUCCCUGGAGUACAAAGAGACUCCCAGACAAAUGGGGCUUUACUUUUCAAACUUUCAGAAGAUUUACGAUAAUGCCAUCUAAGUAUUAUUCAGUGAGAAAGAUGGGCCCCAAAUCUUCACUUCCAGAUUAUAUAUUUCAAUAUGGAAUACUCUAGUUGGGAGCUCUUAUUUGUCUAAUCACUUUGGCUCAUAAGAAGGUUUUAUGCACCCAUA